GGGAGCGAGAGGGGGGAGGAGCAGAGAAAUGAUUCCUCUCUCUAAUCCCCUAGACACACGCUUGGUCUUGCUGCCUACUGGCUCAGAGGGAGACGGAGGCAGGUGGAGGGUGCAAACAGAGAGAGAGAGAGAAGCCAAGUGGGAAGGAAAAAACAAGAUGAAGGGAAGAGAAGAGAGGAGAGCUGCCUCUCGGAAACGCUGAGAGAGACAGAGAGAGAGAGAGAAAGGCAGUGAGGACGAGGAGGCAACCAGCUACUCUUGCACGGUUUUGAGCAGAGGGAAGGAGAUGGUUGGAGGAGGAGGAGGUGUGAUGCUUCUCUCCAGUGCUGCCUGAACCAAACCAGGAGAGAGGGAGAGGAGAGGAGCAGCAGAGCGGUGGAGAAGGGAUCCCUUAAAAAAAAUAGCUGGAGGAGAGGACAGAGAAAGAGGGGAGAGAGAGAGGAAGGCAUGAAGAGGAUGGAGGAGUGGAAAGCCAGCAGAGAUGCCUGGUUGCUCAGGCUCACAUGAGUGCAAGGACCUGCGCCCGGCCACCGUUACUACAAGAUGCUUUCAAAGAACCAGCGUGUGAGAGCAGAGUGCUACUGUGCGAGUGAUGGACAUCUGCACAAACUACCACUGCUUCCCCAGUAGUAGAUAGUCCUUCUACACCAGAUGUGUGUGUGUGUGUGUUUGAGAGUGUGUGUCGGUGUGUGAACAUAUGACCGUCCAGCUGUUUAGGAGGUGAACAGGGUCAGGUGCACCCAGAGCAGGGAAACAAGGAGGAAAGUGGGAAGACACACUCAUGUGAGCAGGUGCACACACAGACACGUGAGUGUACAUGUGUGCGACGAGCACAUCGAAGUCUCGUCCAACCAUCUCAGGUGCAGUUAAGGUUGUGAGCGCGUGUGUGAAGAAGAAAGGGCGCUCACAAUGAGGCGUCACUGAAUUUCUUCAAGCUUCUUGUUGGGCUCUUCUCUUACACUAAACCACCUGAAACCGCUCCCUACCUCAUCUCAACGCAACAAGUUACCUUGAAGACUGAAGAAGGGACGUGGAGACCAUCAGUGGUGCUCCUGCUGACUGGACAGCCCAUCAGAAGUGGGCUCAGCCCUGAUUUCCUGUACCCAGUGGAUGCCUCCUAACUCCAGCCAUGGGAGAAUGGACCAUCCUAGAGCGCCUCCUGGAGGCUGCAGUGCAGCAGCACUCGACUAUGAUCGGAAGGAUCCUCCUGACAGUGGUGGUGAUCUUCCGUAUCCUGAUCGUGGCCAUCGUUGGGGAGACAGUGUACGAGGACGAGCAGACAAUGUUCAUCUGUAACACUCUCCAGCCCGGCUGCAACCAGGCCUGCUACGACAAAGCCUUCCCUAUUUCCCACAUUCGUUACUGGGUCUUCCAGAUCAUACUGGUGUGCACGCCCAGCCUCUGCUUCAUCACCUACUCCGUCCAUCAGUCGGCCAAGCAGAAAGACCGGCGCUAUUCCUUUCUCUAUCCCAUCAUGGAAAGGGACUAUGGGGGAAGGGACGGGGCGCGAAAGCUUCGCAACAUUAAUGGAAUUCUAGUUCAGCAUGGCGGCGAUGGCGGAGGAGGGAAGGAAGAACCUGACUGCAUGGAGGUGAAGGAGAUUCCCAAUGCCCCGCGGGGCCUGACCCAUGGGAAGAGCUCUAAGGUUCGCAGGCAAGAGGGGAUCUCCCGCUUUUACAUCAUUCAGGUGGUGUUCAGAAACGCGCUAGAGAUCGGCUUCUUGGCGGGCCAGUAUUUCCUCUAUGGCUUCAGCGUGCCUGGGAUUUUCGAGUGCGACCGCUAUCCGUGUCUCAAGGAGGUGGAGUGCUACGUGUCCCGGCCCACGGAGAAAACUGUUUUCCUGGUGUUCAUGUUUGCGGUGAGUGGCAUCUGCGUGGUGCUCAACCUGGCUGAGCUCAACCAUCUGGGCUGGCGCAAGAUCAAGGCGGCCAUCAGGGGCGUCCAGGCCCGCAGGAAGUCUAUCUGCGAAAUCAGGAAGAAGGACAUGGCCCAUUUGUCCCAGCCACCCAACCUGGGUCGCACACAGUCCAGCGAAUCAGCCUACGUGUGACCGUGAAGAGAAAAAAAACGAGGAGGAGUGGAUGAAUGUGCACGAGAGAGUAUGAAUUAAUUUUGAUUUUAAUUUAAUGGCGACGGUGUGGAGGUCAAACAAGAUGACCUCUCCUCUGUAGAAUGAAACACAAUGCGAGAAGACCAAAUCUCUGACUCUACGACUCUGUAGGUCUGGAGAGAGUCGAAGAAGAAGAAAAUGACUGAGCAUAAGAGGGGACAAAAAGUUCUCUGCAUACGAACAUGAUUUUGGUCUCCUGGGGAGCUAUUCCAUUUUCUACUUUUGUCUUUUUAAUUAAUUACCUUCUCCUCUGCCCCUCGUUUCUUUUAAUGGGAGGAAUUCAAUCCUCAAGAGGCUGAAGAGGGCAGGACUUUAAAGAAGAGAAAGAAGAGGGUAAGAGAGAGGAGGACUGAUGAGAUGCUGUUCAGUGUUAUUUGGGGAUUUUGGAAGACAAUGGCAGUGUUUGAUGCAUCCCAUGGUGCUUUUCUUCUGGACUGUGUCAGCCUCAGUGAAAAAGGGAGGACAGGACCAGGGGUGGGACAGAGAGGACGAGCGGCAACAUCAUUAAAAGAGGAACGGAAGAACUGUCAAAGCCAUGACAGACUCUGGAGAUCGAAGGCGAAUUAGUGAGUGAGAAAGAGUAGGAGGGAUGCAUCACACUCUGGGAAAACGUAUGAAAGAACUGCGGAGGGAGGGAAGAGAGGGAACUUUUCUCUUUUGCUUCCUCUCCUCGCUGGAGACUCGAGGUAAAAACUGAAGCCAAGACAGACGGAGCUGCCUCUGAUCAGUGUCAGCCUCACCUCUGCUGGAACACUGUCACAAGCCAAAACCAAGAGAAAAAGACUGACGACGUUUAUGUUUUGUCUCUUGGCAAAAGAUGAUUUUAACACAAACACGAGCGAGAACCAUAAACACUUCCCUCUCCUCUAUCUCUCACUUUCCCUGCUCCACGGUUGGCAGCUACAUAGUCCCCUGGGGCUUGGGGUGACAGUAAUGACUCUCGCUGCACUCUUGCUACGUAAACUCUGGAGAGGAACUAACGAACAAAUGAACAAACAAAGUGUAAACGUCAGUGUCUCCCGAAGCACAAACCAAACGUCCCUCCUUCCAGCAUUCCAGUGUGUUGAGAGAUAACGGAGAGGGGGACAGAAAGAAGAAGGGAGCUCGUGGAGGAGGCAGAGUGAUGACUUUAUUACAACUUUAAACAAAUUUGAUAAAGUUUAUCACCAUGAAUCAUGAUUUUCUUUUUGAGAAAGCGACGGUGCCAUCCUUGAGUUGCAUAGAGUAUAACAUGGUAAUAUUAUUUGUCCAUUUAUCCAAAUAGAGUAUAUCCAAAUAGAUUUAUUUAUCUUUUCAGGGGGGUUGGUUGGGACAUCAUGUUGCUGUUUUUUCGUAUGUAAAAACUAUUUGUCUUUUUUUCCAUUUUUUGUUUAGUUUAAAGCGUUUUUCACCGAUGGAACUGAAUAAUGACAUGUACGGGUGGGAAGGGACGAGUUGUGAGCUUUGUUUUGAAGCAUUUUGAGGCUGUGCAGCUGAUUUUUAUUUUCUUUACAACAAUCUUGGCAACCUUAAGAGCAGUUGUGAAUCCACUGCAUUCAGAAUGCAGAGCAACGCAGCCGAGCGUUUCCUACAGAGAGACUUGCUUUUCUUCCAAAUCAGCUGCACGGCUUCUGGCAAUUAAAGCCUGUGAGCCGUUUUGAAAAAGGCAUGUUUACACGGAGCAAUGUUUCUCGAUGAAGCUGUGUAACCAAUGAGUACUUUAUUCUCUCUGGACGGGUUUUUUUUUCCUUCUCAGUGGUUUUCAUUUUGCAUUUCUUCCUGACUGGAUUUUCAGAAUGCAUGCCUUGUAAGAGAAAAGUAAAAGAAUGACAUGAAAGAAGUAGAAAAAGAUAAUGAUGAUCGAGAGUGCUGCACCUUGAAUAAUGCAGACGAGUGGCAGAGUGGUGGACUGAAGGAACUCACUUUGGGAUAAAGGCCACGUUCAUGGACUCACUAAAAACAACCCAAAAGUGAGGCUGCAGUGAAAUCACAUAUAGGGACAGUGGACUGUGGGUGGUACCCUUAGAAAUUCUAUAGCUGAUAUGGACACACACACACACGCACACGCACACACACACACACACACACACACACACACACACACACACACACACACACACACACACACACACAAUGGACCAGCAUACUACUGUCAAGACAAGAAGAGGCAAGCACAAAACAGCUCUCUCUAAACCCAGAUCUUGUCUGUUAUAAAUCAUUGAGUCUGAUGCAGAGUCAAAGAAAUGAUGGGGUUGAUGUACAGUGACAUCAGUCAUCGGCAGAGGAAACUCCCACUAAUGCUUCUUAUACCUGGUCUAAACACACUGCCAUAGGUCAGAGCAUUUAGCUGUGCCAGCUGAGAAUCUCAUUCACCACUGCGAACCUUAUAUACGUAGCUCAACACUGCAGCAGCUUAGCAUUGCCACAUGUUUGAUUCUUACACAUGCACUAAUGCUACUCAAUCUCUACGCUUUGAUGAAACACAUUAUCUUCAUGAGAAACUUGUUUAACUGCAGCUUCAGAAGUUCCUCGUCUGCUACUUAAUAUAAAGAAACCCUCCUUGUAAAAAGAUUUGUAGUUGAACUCCUUGUUCCAUUCCUCUCAACUUGCCUUAUGUUUUUGUACUUCCUACAUUUCCACCAAUGCAUUUUAAAAAAUGGAGGCAAAUAAAAAAGGUAUUGCAUCAGUGUCACCCAGGAGACACUUACUUACUGACUAGGUUAAAUUCUCUUAACAACAAAUUAAUCAAUAGUUAAUGAUAAGCAGCUAAUUGAAACUAUAUAUUUAAAGAGCAGUUCCCUUUUAUUUACUGGAUGUAAAAUCUUUAUAAUCUUUCUCUCUGUAUUUUGUGUUAUUUUUAGAAGAAAAGUGUGUCGUCAGGUUCCUCUGUGGCUGCACUGAAGAUACAGUGACAUGACAAUAAGUAAUACUGAAAGCACAGAGCCACAGAAGGUGUUUAAGCACCAGUUUAUGUAGCAGAAGGACCCCCACACAC